AUGUCGGUGUCAGGAGUUCACAACUGGCUCUGCCUUAUUAUCACCACAGCUGUGACUCUUGUCGGGAUGACUGGAAACGGAUUCAUCUUUCUUUCAGACUGCCAUGAUUGGAUCCGAAGCAAAGCACCGUCGGGUCCUGGCCUCCUGCUGAUGACGCUCAGCCUGACCCGAUUUAUUUUCCUCGGAAUCACGCUCGGCUUCCAUUGUUUUGGCUUCCUUGAUAUUAAUCGACCCAAAUAUGCUGGACGUGUCACCAUUUUCUUCUGGACCUUUUUCAAUGCCACCACCCUGUGGAUUACUACCUGCCUUGGAGUAUUCUACUGUGUGAAAAUUGUCAACUUCAGCCAGCCCUUCCUGGUGAAAAUGAAGCUCAGGAUUUCCAGCAUGGUUCCCCAUUUGCUCGUUGCGGUAGUCUUGGUUUCCUUGAUUUCGGCUCUUCCUUUCCUCUGGAUUGACGAUCACAACCAGUCUGACAACCCAGAGGGUGUACGUGAGGUGAGGGUUCAGAUGUUCCUGUUCAGCAUACUGUAUAUUCUAGGGACUUUUCCAUCGUUUGUGAUAUUUUUAAUUUCCUCUGGUUUUUUAAUUUACUCCCUUGUGCACCACGUGAAGAGGAUGCAGAAUAGCUCAGUUGGCUUUCGAGAUCAAAGGAUGGACGUUCAUCUGAAGACCACUAAGAUCUUGACCUCCUUCCUCAUCCUCUAUGCCGCAACCUUUGUAGCAGAAAUCUCAAUGACCUUUUCUCCCAGUCCCUGGACAAUGGUUAUAUCCAACAUAGUGGUUAGUUCAUAUAAUUCAGGACACACCGUUGCUUUGAUUGUCAUGAAUUCCAAACUGAGGGGACGAUUAUGCAAGAUGUUCUGGUGUUUCAGAAAACAGACAUGA